AUGGCUCCUUCAAGAAAGAGGAAAAACACUAGUGAUGAUGAAGGAGAAGAGGAAGAGGUUGAAUCAAGUUUGACUGAUGAAAACAGGAGUUUGAAGCUGAACUCGGACUAUAACGAAAACAACCUUAAAACUCAUUAUUUCAUCACUCCCAAAACAUCUGCCCCGUCAACUUCAAAAAGGAAGGCCGAUUUACAAGCAAGAUGCCCCCUUUUGCCCUUGUUUGACGGAAAAGAGCCCAUUGACAAUGUUCGGUUUAGAUACAAGCUAUACAAAGCUACCUGGACUCAACAGCUGGACAAAAUCCAAACAAUCUUGAACAAGGCCAAUGACGAGCUCCUCGACAAGUUGACAAAUUUCAUCCGCGUGUCGGCAGGCACGCUGUCAAAACUCCCCGUCGGGUACGUUCAAAUGACUUCAAACACCGCCAACAACUACCGAAUACUCGAUCAGUUUUAUAGUCACAUUUUGGAUAAGCUAGAGGAGUGCAUAUUGGUCAAGUUGAACAGCAGAAACUCGCCGCACAUCAAAGGUGCAUUAAAGGAAGUUAUCAAGCAAUUUGAAGAAGCACAUGACGAAUUGGACCAUGGCGGCGAACUAAACUAUGAUUUGAAAGUGAUUAGCAAAUGGAUCAAGGAGAACGGCAAGGCAAACACAACGAGGGUUGUUGUGGUUAUUGAAGACACAAGUCUAUUCGGUAAGCAGCUCUUGAACCAAAUCAUCAAAAUUUUCCAAUCUUUCACCCCUGAAAUUCCAUUCAAGCUCCUAGUGGCCUUGUCGUGUGACACGCGCUCGUGGAUCAGCGACAGCAUCCAACGAGACAUUCGAAGAAACCUUGACGGGUACAAGUUCAAAAGCAAUGAUAAUGUCAGCUUGGGCUAUCACAUUUUGAACAAUGUCUUUUUAACUCCGGAAAUGGGCGACAAGGACCCGUUACUAAUCGACAGCACCUUGAGCACCAUCAUAUUGAGCCGUUUCCGCAACUCCAACAACUCGAUCGACGCUUUGGUGGCGGAGUUGAAGCUAUCCUAUAUGAUCUAUUUCUAUCAGCUGCCACUAUCUAUAUUGAUUGCAAAGUUUAACCACUCGUGUUUGUACAUUGAUGGGUUGAGAAAACUCCCUUCUUUCAAAAGGGAGAUUGAGAUAAAAGUGGAUGAAAAAAAUAAAGAAGCAUUUGACUUGUUGACCAAAGACGAGGCUGUAUUCGACUUGUUUAAGCAUGCAGAGCACCAGUAUAAAGCGUGGAAGUUGGCCGUUAUCAACGCUGUCAAUAUCCUUUACAAUAUAGACAAGCAAAAAGAGAAAUUCGAGCUAUACACCAGUCUUGUCAAUGGGAAGCUACUCAACUCAAAAUUUUUUCGCAACUGUCUAGCCAAGGUGAAUUCCAAGACCUCCGUGUUGACUGAAAAUUGCACCAAAACUGUCAAUGGUGCCUCAGACACUUUUUUGAAAACACUCCAAACAGGCUUAAUGAGGCAGGACGCGCCUCCAACAACUUUGCUUGCUGAUUAUUUCCUCAACCCUGUUUUAAGACAAUCCCCCGAUGCGAUGAUUUUCAAUGAAAUAUUUCUCAUCAAUGGCGGCAUAGUGCGUGAAAAGUUUGACAACGCGCCCGUGCUCGAAGAAAACAUUGAAAACUUGAUGAUCAAUUUGGUGCGUCCCAAUUUACGCUCCACGCUUGAACAGAGCUUGGAAAACCCAAACAUGUAUUUAAAAAACGAGUCCGUGCCAUUAAUCUGUAAAAUGUUCAAAAUCUAUAAAGAGGCACCAACUGCCAUCAACUUGCAUGAUUUCCACCAGGCAUUUUCUGCGAUAUUGGACAGGCCAGCUCACGUCACAGAUGACGAAGAGUGGAGGAAAAUGUCAUACUCGUGGUUCUUGCAGACUUGCUUUGAGAUGAUGCAUUUGGGGUUCUUGCAGACGAAAAAAACCGGCGAGUAUUUAGAAAAGGCCAUUUGGAAAGGUGUAUAA